AUGUCGACAAUGAAGGAGAUCACAAGCCUCGCGGCAUGGGAGCAGCACGUCUCCUCCCUCGCGCCGUCGACUCUCCUCAUCAUCUCCUUCCACGCGCCAUGGGCCGCCCCAUGCGCCCAGAUGUCCACUGUCCUCAAGACCCUAGCCACCGAGUACCCCGCCACCGAGCCCCCCACGACCUCUUGGGUCUCUGUCAACGCCGAGGACCUGUCCGAGCUUAGCGAGCAGUACGAUGUCACCGCCGUCCCCUUCCUCGUCCUGUCGCGCGGCGGAAAAGUCCUCGAGACCGUCAGCGGCAGCAGCGCCGUCAAGGUGCGCAAUGCGAUCGAGAAGCACGCCACUUCCUCGGGCGCUGCGCCCGCCGCUGUCAAUGGAGGCGCGGAUACGGAGAUGAAGGAGGCGGAGGAGGAGCAGGACCCGGAGAAGGCAAAGGAGGAGCUGUUCAAGCGCCUUGGCGAGCUGGUCAAGGCGGCGCCGGUCAUGCUCUUCAUGAAGGGCACGCCCAGCUCCCCUCAGUGCGGCUUCUCACGGCAGAUGGUGGCGAUUCUGCGCGAGAACGCUGUCAAGUAUGGCUUCUUCAACAUCCUGGCCGACGAUGAGGUGAGGCAGGGCCUCAAGGAGUAUGCAGACUGGCCCACGUACCCUCAACUCUGGGUUGAUGGUGAGCUUGUUGGAGGUCUCGAUAUCGUGAGUCACUCUUUCGUCAAAUACAGCUUUCACUCUACUAACGCAUGGUUUCUCUUACAGGUCAAGGAGGAAAUGGAGAACAAUGAGGACUUUUUCAAGGCGUACAGCGUCAAGUCCUCUGGCGAGGGUGUUGCUGCGUCAUGA